AUAGCUUUCGUUGAUCGAUCCAACUUUUGAAGCGCGCGAAUAUACUCAGGCUCAGGGCUGUGAGGCUUAAAAGGCAUUCUGGCUGGGGUGUGUGUGCACCCCUUUUCAGCUCAGGCCGGCCGUCUAUACCGGUAAUAAUGUCGGACGUGCGCCAACGCCGCGCGGAGCCUGCUACGGGGUCCAAAUCCAACGAAGAUGCCACAAAGCAUGGUCCCUCGAGUUCCGCUGCCAAAAGCCGUCAAGGGCUGAGCACGUUGGCUUACGUGGCAUUAAGCUACGUCGCUGUCGGUGUGGCGUACCUUGCUCUUCGUCGUCCGCAGAUAUCCAGGUCACUGCCGCAUGCGUAUGCAAUAUGCUCACCGGAAGGCGCGAAAAUAUACACGGCUGAUGAUCAAGGACCUCAAGUGCAGUGUCUUGUGGUUGAUGGAGACCGCUUCUUGGAUGUUGGGAGCAUUCAAUCCGUAACUGAGAGGUGGCAAACUCACGGGAACGGGGAGAAGCUGAAUGUGCGCUUCAUAGAGUCCAGUUCUAUCGUAGUGCCGGGUUUGAGCGAUUCUCAUGGUCACACGCUUGAGUACGGUGCGAGCCGACAAAUACCUCUGGAGAGCGCCAAGAGUAGUAAGGAGGCUGUCAGUCUCGUCCGCGAGUACAUAUUGUCCAAUCCCGAUAUCCUGGCGAACUCUUCCAAAUUCAUUGAGGGCUGGGGGUGGGAUCAUACGUCCUGGCCCAGGAGCGAAUGGCCCACUGCUGCUGAUUUCGACGAAGACCCUUUGGUCAAGGGCAGGCCCGUGGUCCUUCAGCAGAAAGAUGGGCAUGCUCUGUGGGUUUCACCGAAGGUUCUAGAGCAGAUGACCCCAAUUCCCUACGAAGUCGAAGGUGGUUACAUCCGGCGCGAUUCUUCAGGACUUCCCACUGGCGUUUUCCUUGAUAACGCCCAGGAGCUUGUGAAACGUCCGGCCCUUACAGACGAAGACCUGCUCAGACGCUUCCAAACAACCGUCAACGAUGCACAUGCGCGAGGCUUGACUACUGUACACGAUGCGGGUUUCGAUCCCACAUCAUUGAGCUUCUUCAAGCGGCAGUCGGAGAAGGCACCUUUACCGAUCCGCAUUUACGGGAUGACUUUCUUCGACGAAGAGGCUCCGUAUUGGGGAGACACGAAGCCAAAGCUGAUUGACAACGGCACGACCAGACUCACCGCUCGCAGUGUAAAGAUCUUCGCGGAUGGUGCCCUCCGCUCCGGAGGGGCUGCACUUUAUGAGCCGUAUACCGACAAUCCGAGCACAAAAGGUUUCAUGAGACUAUCCUCCGAAGUUCUUACGACUGUCAUACCGCGUUUCUUGCAUGACGGGUGGCAGGUGAACAUACACGCAAUCGGCGACAGGGCAAAUGGCCUCGUGUUGGAUGCCUUCGAAUCAGCUCUCAGUGGAGUGAACGUGACGGCACUUCGACCGCGACUCGAGCACGCUCAGAUCAUGACAGAGGGCGACAUGAGUCGCUUAGGUCGCCUAGGAGUCAUCGCCAGUGUGCAGCCUACCCAUGCGAUUUCGGAUAUGUGGUAUGCGGAAGACCGUCUUGGACCCGAACGCGUCAAGAUGUUGUACGCAUUCCGGUCAAUGGUGGACCGCGGGGCCAGAAUCACACUUGGCUCUGAUUUCCCGGUGGAAGAUCUAAACCCUAUGUCUGGUUUCUACGCCGCAAUCACGAGGCUAUCUCCUUCUGGUACAUCGCCCAAGGGUUCUGAGGGCUGGUUUCCGGAACAACGCCUGACGCGCGAAGAAGCCCUCAAAGCAGGGAUGACCUUGGAUCCCGCCUAUGCCUCUUUUACUGAAGACAUGCUUGGAUCCAUCACAAUUGGGAAACGCGCCGACUACGUGAUUCUUAACCAGAAUAUCAUGACGAUCCCAGUCCCGUCCAUCUUACAGACAAAGGUGCUCGCCACCGUUAUCGAUGGUCGACCAGUUUUUGGUACAGUUUAG